GAGAAGUCUCGUGUAUAUCGCCUUCCUGAAACUAAAUUUAUUCAUGUUAUGUUAAUUAGUUGAUAUUUUUUGUUCUCGCUGACGUCUAACCCAAUAAAAAGAAAAAUUUAACAGGAAUCUUUCUUUUUAUUGGUUCCAUUUUUGAGGUGCCGGUUUAUUUACCUACCGCCGGGAAACGAUACAGUGUUAGCUGCAAAUGCAAGCCUGAAGGUAUGCCGGCUUUUGUGGGACUUUAGCAAAUGUCAUUCAACUAGAUUGACAGUGUACUGUGAUUUUGUUUUACUCGUGUGAAAAAUUUCCAUCACAUCAGAAAUGUCGUUAGAAGAAGCGUAUCCUGUUAACAUAAAAUGCAAGGAAAAAAUGGACACUACAAAACAGGAUCUAGAAACCAUCAAGGAAUGGCUUAAAAAGCAACCACAUCUACCAGACACAUGGGAUGAUGAAAUGCUGAUGGGAUAUCUAAGAAACUGCAGUUUCUCCUUGGAAAAAACUAAAACCAAACUAGAUAAAUAUUUUACCAUGAAAACUGCCCUUCCAGAAAUGUUUGCAAAUCGUGACUUUACAAAACCAGAGUUCCAAAAAUUGCUGAAGUUGGUUGAAGUGGGUGUUAUGCCCGGUUUAAACUCCGAUGGCUACUCCGUCUACGCGGCUCGACUCCUAGCUUCCGAAAACGACGAUUUAGAUUUUUCCCUUGUCCCUAAAACAAUUUUGAUGAUUUGCGACAUCUACAUUAAAAAAGAAGUCGUAGGGGGACCUGGCGACGUUUUCGUUGUUGACGCGAGCCGUUUCCACCUUAAAUAUCUCGCCCAAAUAACACCAACUCUGGCUAAGAAUUUCUUCACCUUCGUGAACGACGCUAUUGCUGUCAAAAUUAAGCAGUUUCACAUCAUUAGAGCAAGCGCAAUUGUGGAAUUCUUUAUAAAAUUUCUGUCGCCAUUUAUGAAAGAAAAAAUUAGAAAUAGGAUACAUGUGCACGAAGACUUGGACACGUUGUUCGAUUACGUUCCAAAAGGUUUAUUACCCGAAGAAUUUGGAGGAACUGCUGGAAAAUUGGAAAAGCACAUGGAUGAAGUGCUGGUCGCUGCGUAUGAAUAUAACUCGUGGUUGAAGGGGCAAGAAGAUGUUAAAGCAGAUGAAACGAAGAGAAUGGGACGAUCUGUGAACCAAGACAAUUUGUUUGGGAUGGAUGGUAGUUUCAAAAAAUUAGUGAUAGACUGAUGGCUGACGAAAGUGAUAUAUUUAUUUAGAAUUUCUCUAGAAAAUAAGUAUGAAUCUAUUUCAAAGUGACUGUGAAAAUUUUCGUAUUAGUGCAGAAAUAUUUAAAAAAAUGUUGUUACAACUACAGAAAAGUUGUUACAAUUUUCAGAAAACAAAGGUAGAUAUCGAAGUUUCAAUAAAUGUCUGUUUAUACUCCUUUAACUUAUG